AUGGUUAACAGAAGGAACAACAUAUCUACUUCCAAAAACAGAGGAAACAAAGAACCCCCAAAACUACAGACCCAUCACUUGCCUUCCAACUAUGUACAACAUAUUAACAUCAUUAAUAACAGAAAGAACUUAUGCGUAUCUUCGCCAGACCCAACUGAAGCAGAAAGCAGAAAAGAUGUAGAAAAGAUAGCAAUAGUUACAAGGACCAACUCCUCAUCAACAAAAUGGUCUUGGAGGAUGCAAAAAGAAAAAGAAAGAACCUAUCAACAGCAUGGAUUGACUACAAAAACAUUUGACAGCCUGCCCCAUAGCUGGAUCACUAAGACACUUGGAAUGUACAGAAUAUACCUUACCAUCACAAAGUUCAUCUCUGAGAGCAUGACGACUUGGAAAACCACCUCACACUUGAAUCAUGCUGAAGGGUCACUGGAAUCACGUUCAGUAAACAUCAGUUCAGUAAACAUCAAAAGCGGAAUAUUUCAAGGAGGCAAUCAACAAACUUCUACACAUAGUUAA